CCGCGCAUUACACCGGCACAUGCCGCGUGACGAGAGCGGUACCGCGCACCUCACCAGUGUCCGUAACUCCCGCCAGGACGCGAGGAGGAGAGAGCCGGGGAGGCAGUGGCGGCGCUGCGAGCGGGCUCCCUGCCGUCGCCAUCUUGAGGCUAUUACUGUGACACCACUCGGGAGCGCGGUCUGCUCGUCCGUCGGCGCCGAUGCUCUGCCUCCUCUCCCGAUUAAAGAAAAGCCAUUAGCCUAUGCAUCUGUCCUUAAUUGUCGAGAAAGUAAUGGGUAUUUCAAAGUUUGCAGGGCAAAUGCAAACAAAAUGGCAAGUGAAAAUCACAGCAGCCUGCAAGCAGGGGAUCCCACGACAAUUAUCCGUCCAGCGAGUACUUCUGAACAAGGACAACCCUCAUCACCAAAGUCUGUAAAACCUUUGGUGCAGGAUUUGCCAGAUGAGCUGGUGCAGGCAGGAUGGUCGAAGUGUUGGAGUAGGAGAGAAAAUAGGCCAUAUUACUUCAACAAGUUCACCAACCAGUCGCUCUGGGAGAUGCCUGUAUUUGGACAGCAUGACAUCAUUUCUGAUCCUCUUGGGUUAAAUGCAACUGUGGAAUCAGGUGACGGAGAUUCAAUAGCUGACAAUGCACAACGGAAGAGACGACAUUCUGAAGAAACCCAGCAGCAAUCAACAAAUAGCUUCAAAAGACCCAGAGUACAUGGAGAAGUGGUGCAACCGAGGAGGAAAUGGUCCCACUGCAGCGUUUCAAAGACAGAUGCCUCCUUAACUCCGACAACUCCUAUUUCUCCCAUUGUUUCUGGUGCUCCAAGCACACCUAUAUCCCGAACAAGUGGAUCCAAAUCAUCUGAUGAAAAACCCCAACCUGCGCCUUCAUCAUUGGUGCCACCGGCAUCAGCACCGGCAUCAGCACCGGCACCGGCACCGGCACCAGCACCGGCAGCGGCACCAGCACCAGCACCGGCAGCAGCAGCUACAUCGGCAGCGACAUCGGCAGCGACAUCAGCAGCGACAUCAGCACCGUCAUCGUCCUCGUCCUCAUCCUCAUCCUCGUCAUCAGCUGUUCAUACACCUGCAUCUGUCCGUCCAACAGCUGUUUACUGGGACCUUGAUAUUCCAACAAAUGCAGUAAUUAAGGAGCGUGCUCCAUUUGAGCUACUUCCGCCACACCCGGAUGUAGAAAUGCUACGAUCACAAUUGACAAUAAAACUGAGACAACACUAUCAAGAGCUGUGUCAACAGAGAGAAGGGAUUGAACCGCCUCGUGACUCAUUUAAUCGCUGGCUUUUGGAGCGCAAGGUGAUCGACAAGGGCAUGGAUCCUUUGUUGCCCAGUGAUUGUGAUCCUAUUGUAUCUCCUUCCAUGUUUCGAGAAGUAAUGAAUGAUAUUCCUAUCAGAUUGUCUCGUAUUAAGUACAGGGAAGAAGCCCGAAGAUUACUUUUCAAAUAUGCAGAAUCAGCAAAGCGGAUGAUUGAAUCGAGGAAUGCUACACCAGAUAUCAGGAAAACUGUAAAAUGGAACGUUGAAGAUACCUUCAAUUGGCUACGAAAGGAGCCAUCUGCGACAAAAGAAGACUAUAUGGAGCGGCUUGACCAUUUGCGGAAGCAAUGUGGACCUCAUGUAGCAGCAGUGGCUAAAGAUUCAGUAGAAGCAAUCUGUGGGAAGAUCUAUUGCAUAUCUGGUGAAUAUGUGAAGCGUGUCCGAGACAAGCAUUUAGCAGUACUGAGUGAAUGCAAUAUGUCAGAAGAGUUGGAGAGGCCCGAGGUAACGGACAGAUUGGUGUAUUGUUAUCCGUCAAGGCUUGCAUACUCUACGAUUCCACUCCCACGCGUUGAAAUGCACUUUGAGAAUGAUAUUGCAUGUGUACGAUAUAAAGGAGAAGUUAGGAAAAUCAGCCGGAAUUACUUAAAUAAAUUGGAACAGUUGUAUAGGUACAGUUGUAUUGAUGAUCCACGGUUUGACAAGUUUUUGGCAAGAGUCUGGUGUUUACUCAGGCGAUACCAGACCAUGUUUGGUCCUGGAACACAUGAAGGCACUGGGCUGCAAGGGGCAUUACCAGUAUCUGUAUUUGAAACAUUGAACAAGCAGUUUGGUGUGACGUUCGAGUGCUUUGCAUCACCAUUGAACUGUUACUUCAGACAGUAUUGCUCUGCGUUCCCUGACACUGAUGGCUACUUUGGUUCCAGGGGCUCAUUCUUGACUUUCUCACCAGUCGGCGGCUCCUUUGAAGCAAAUCCUCCGUUUGGUGAAGAGCUGAUGGACAGUAUGGUCGCACAUAUGGAGAACCUUCUGGGCAAUUCAAACGAGCCACUCUCCUUCAUUGUGUUUGUCCCAGAAUGGAGAAACCCUCCAACACCGGCUUUGGUCCGAAUGGAGGAGAGCAAGUUUAAGCGGCACCAGGUUCUCAUCCCAGCCUAUGAGCAUGAGUACAGGAGCGGAGCACAGCACAUCUGCAAAAAGGAAGACAUCUAUUAUAAAGCUGUGCACUCAACAGCUCUCAUCUUCCUGCAGAAUGAUGCUGGAUUUGCAAAAUGGGAACCUGCGCAGGAGCGGGUGCAGGAAUUAAUGGCAGCUUAUAAAAUAGCAGGAAAGUCAUCAUCUUCUUCGUCCUCCUCUGUGACACCUGGUGAUAAAGAUCAGGAACAGAAUCGGGACCAAAGCAGCAACACCGAGCACCUUUGAACUGUAAUUGAUAAAGGAACCACAACACAGCUAAUACUCUGUGUGGUUUUAAACAGACUGAUUUGAAACAAGCUGCAUAACCAUUGUCAUCACCAGCAAGAAAUGUACAUAUGUACAGUGUCUUUCUAAACAGAACCACAGUUCUGGAUUCUUAAUGUUUUUGUUUGUUGCUUUUAUUUUUACCAAGGUAUGUAGCAGAGAGAAGCAGAAUGCGUCUGUGUAAUAUAUUCUAUGAAAAUAUUUCAUAACAGAAUACAGUGUCUGUUUUAUCAGCUUUUUUUAAAUUUUUUUGAGAUUAUGCAAUUCCGCCUAAUUUUUGUAAACUUUGCAAAUAGUGGCUGUAGACAUUCUCCAUUUUAAUGCCGUGAGUAUAGGAAUUUCUUUAUAUUGCUGAGAAUUAAGUUUAAGUGUACAACCAGAUGGAUAGGAAUUGAUUGGUGUUGCUUCUUGUUGACCUAUGUAGACUAUCUCUGAAUUAUUCAGACAGCUUCACGCACUGAGUGUGCAAAUGUACAUCAUCCAAUGUGUACUGUGCGGCUUUGCAUCUAAUUCUUCACUGGCACGGGAAUAUGAUGAAUUUUUGAAAGAAAAUCUUGAAAGCUACAGGAAGAACAGAGAGAUGGGAUGAGAGCACAGGUUGUACAGCAUGGGAUCCUUUAACUUUUUCUCAUGAAACCUGUGGAGAUUUGCUUUGUGCACCCAGUCAUGGUUAGUUUCCCAAUUGCGUAACAUGCUGUGGAUUGAGAGAUAGUGAUUCCAGACAACGGCAGUCUUCUGCUACCUGACAACAAGUCAGAUUCAAGUUAGCAGAACAACUUCAUUCUUAUCAGGGCCACCCAGUGAAGGGUUAAAUGCAGGAUUGCUUUGUCUAGAAGUGUUUAUCAAGAUAUUCUGUCACAGAGUAACUGAGAUUGUAAGAUAUUGCGUGUCCAUGCAUUGUCUCAACCACAGCACCAAGCACCAGCACAGCCAGGCCACCAGACCUUUUUCUCUGCUUUUGCCAUAUCUGCUGGAAGAUACACACAUGCCACAAAGCGGUGGGGAACUGGUGAUUACCUCAUAACCUUUGGGGUAUAACCACUCUUUUGGUUCAAUUGCACUGAGAAUUUGGUUGAUGCUUCACAGAACUGAAGUCCAGGUUUGAAACUCUUCUGAUUGAACUUACAGGCAUUCAAGCUUGAAGACCUGGCUGGUCUGGGCAGGGCUGUAUCCUAAGUAUUGUAUGACAGUCUUACUGUAACAGUACACAACAUCAGGUUGGAUGAGCAGCUUCCUACUACAAAACCUUAAAACAGCAGUGCAAAGUGAA